AUGUUGCAAGUGCCAAACAAGCCUCCCCACACUCAAUCUGGAUGCCUGGUGUGGCUAUCUGGGGACACAAAGCCUCAAGGGGGAAAAGCCUCCUCGCUCCCCUGCCACGUAUGCUGGAGAACAAGCUGCUGUGGGGAAGAAAGCACAGAAAGAGCUGGGGGUGGCGCGAUACGGCACGGCUCACCACGUCUGCCCGGGCAGGGGACCGACCACUUUGCCAUGGCUCUGGGCGCCUCAAAGACAAUGUGGGGCAGCGUGGAGGUGGUCCUGACUGGCCUCUGCACCAUCCUGCUCUGCUGUGGCCCCAUGCUGGCCAGCUGCCGCCGGGUGACCUUCUUCCCAGCCAUGUUAACUGUCCCUGCAGGAGGCUCAGCCACAUUCUUCUGCAAUAUCUCCAUGGAGAGUGACUCUGGCUUGGAGUACAGCCUCAAUUGGUACAAGGAGACCAACCACAGCCAAGCCCAAAAAAUUGCUGAGAUCAGCCGGAACAAACCCCCAAUGAAAACGGAGAAGUAUCUGCUCACCAACCACACUCCAGCCUUCAAGAUCGAGAUCCUGAACCUCCACCAGAAUGACUCAGGCUCCUACUACUGUGGGCUGAUCACCUUCUUUGAACCUGAUAAAGUGAUGGAGAGCAACCGGUCCCACCUGGUGGUCACAGCAGCCCCUGAGAAGAUGAAUGCCACUGAUAAGCCUGAGAUGGAGGAAGGCAGUCCCCCAGACUACAUCAAGGCUGUGCUCCUCGGCAUCCUGCUGCUGGCUGGGGUCGUUGUGCUUCUGAUAUUCGGCUAUCUCACUGUCACAUAUAGGAGAGGAGAUGUGCAGAAUCCACCAAGUGUAAACACGCCACCGAAGGAGGAGAAGCCCCCCAUGGUGUCCGUGUCUACUGUGGACUAUGGUGUGCUGGAGUUUCAGUGGGAGCAGCAUGCCCAGGUGCCCCCCGAGACCCGGCUGGCUGACCAGACCGAAUACGCCACCAUCGUCUUCCCAGAGGAGAAACCUGUCACACCAGAACGAGAAAAGAAACACCAGGAUGAGAGGGCUUGGCACAUGCAGUCACAGCCCUGCUGA